AUGGCGCCACAGUACUAUCUUUAUAACAAUUACAGCAACUUGUGCCUUUCCACCGACUCCCUUCCCUUCAACUUCGGCCUCCGAGCUCGCCUAUACGAGAACCCACUACCCUUCACUUUCACCCUCAUUUUUUCCACCGAAUAUUUCGAUAUAUGUACGGUCAGCGCUUCAAAUCAUUACUGUCUCGAUGUCUAUCCGGUGCGGAUGGAUGACGUGCAGGACAUAGCUUAUCUGGCUAUGCCGAACGACACUACUGGCCAGCAAUGGAAACUCGAAUCGACAGAGAUAACAAGUUUGCUCUAUAGGUUGUCCAACAAGCUCUCAGAGAGGGGAAUGUACUUGGAUGUGUAUAAUCAGACGAAGGACGUUUAUAUGACCGAUUCGGACCGGCCGGGGCAUUACUGGAUGAAAGUCAAGGACUGUGCAGUAGCUCCUUCCGAUGGAUCAAUGUCUGGUAAUAGCCCAAACACCACAUUGAGUGAUACAGUACCCCCAACAAUAUCAAGAUCUGCCCGACCCACACAAACUGUAUCAACCAAUUCAUCACUUCCUACUCCUGUACUGGCAAGCUAUUCACGGGGCCUGAGCAAAGGAGCAAAGGCAGGGACAGGCGUAGGAUGCGCACUUCUCGCGAUACUCGUGGCAGGCUUAGUGGCUGCCCUCUUCUACUGGAGAAAGAAAGCAAGCAAGAAUGUACAGGCGACACCGACAACACGGGUGGAAGAGGAUUUCGGAGCAAGUGAGAAGUAUGGUAGGGAUGAAGCUCCUGCCGAGUUGCCUUCGGAGGACGUCAUCUCUCCUAUGCAUAGCCCGAGCAUGGGAGAACUACCAGCCCAACUUGAGGUUCAGGAGAUGCCUGGUUGUAGUAUACCGCAUUCAUAA